ACAAGAUACAACAAACCAACGAAGGAAGUCGUGCAUAGAUAAGAUAGAUCAUUUAGUAAGAUAAGAAGCCCAGAUUGGGACGUUCGUUGACAUGAUGUGGCUAGUAGUUUUGGUUCUGAUUGCGGCAUUUUUGCCGACGAAUGCUCGGAUUUUGAGUGAGGACCAGGCUGAAGUCCUUCACACCACCCAUAAGCGUUCCAGUGUUUGCUAUGACGACCUCGGUUGCUACAGUACCGGAAGUCCCUUCUGGAGUAUCCACAGACCUAUUAAUUUCCUUCCUCAAAGGCCGGAGAAAAUCAAUACUAGAUUCUUCCUGUACACCAGAUCUAAUAAGAAUCACUACUCUCAGCUCAUUGCCAACAGCUUCAACAGCAUAAGAAAUUCUCAUUUUGACGGAGCCAAAAAGACUAAAAUUGUGUCUCACGGGUUUUUGGAGAAUGGCUUUGUAAAUUGGAUGGUGAAAAUGAAAGACGAGUUCCUGAAGGCAGACGAUUUUAACGUUAUUCUGGUUGACUGGGGCGGUGGUUCUUCAUUCCCUUACACACAAGCAACAGCAAACACACGCCUUGUAGGGGCCGAAAUAGCCAAGCUCAUCUCCGUCUUACAGAAAAUUUCUAAUGGUGACCCAUCAAAAAUGCAUAUAAUUGGACACAGUCUGGGAGCUCACAUCGCUGGAUAUGCAGGACAACAGACACCAAACCUCGGGAGAAUUACAGGUCUUGACCCUGCCGGGCCUUAUUUUGAGAAUACUGACAAGGACGUUCGUUUAGAUCCCACUGACGCCAUCUUUGUAGAUGCUCUCCAUACAGACGCGGAGAGUUUGGUUCCAAAUAUUGGUUUCGGAAUGAGUCAGGCUGUUGGUCACGUGGACUUUUAUCCGAAUGGGGGCAGAGACCAACCCGGAUGUAAUGUUGAUCCUCUGACUCACAUACAAGUACAAGGAGGGCUAUAUGAGGGAACUGCACAGUUCAUUGCUUGUAACCAUCUCAGAUCUUACGAGUAUUUUACGGAGUCCAUCAACAGUGUCUGUCCAUUUGAGGGCUACAGUUGUGAUUCUUAUGAUCAUUUUAAGGAUGGAACUUGCCACAUGGACUGUUCUGUGCUCGGUAGCUGUGGUAAGAUGGGUUUCCAUGCUGACGAGUUGAAAUCAAUGAAAAACGCACACGGUAAAAAGUUCUUCAUGGAAACAACAUCACGGUCUCCCUACUGUGAAUACCAUUACAUUAUCCGGUUUACCUUGGGUAAUCCAUCGGGAUCUCAUCAGUGGCGUGGAGAACUUAAAGCCAACAUCCAUGGCACUAACGGACAACUGGGCCAAAGACUUGUUACCGACGACUAUGUCUAUUUUGAUCCGGGCCAAAGCUAUUCUUACGUCAUCGCAGUUCCCCACAACAUUGGAACUAUAAAAGACGUCACACUUCAGUGGGUUCACCGUGGAGUAAGCGUGAACCCGUUUCAGUGGAAUCCAUUCAACCUUAGGCAUCCAAAACUAUACUUCCAAAGGGUGGAGGUGAUCUCAGGAGACACUAAUCAAAAAGCCGCAUUCUGUAGCGUCUCUGGAACAGAAAGCCAAGUUCAAAGAACUCUUAACACCAAAUGCUAAAUGUAUUUUAACCACAGUGUGAUUUAUCGCUUAUCAUUGAAUAAAAAUGUACAAGGUU